AACCCUAGAACCAGAGAACUCUCUAUCUCUCUCCAAAGGUGAGAGCUUUCUCUUCUUCUUCAUCUCCAUCUUCACCAAAUCCUAACCCUAGAAACCCUCAAUUAUCGCUUGAGGAUGACGGCCGAGACGACGCCAAUGGCGGAGGAGCAAUCUCUCAACGUGCAACAAGAGGCAGCCAUGGUUGAGGAAGAGAAGAGCAAGGUUGUUGUUGUUGCUGUUGAUAACGAUGAUGAUGUUCCCGCUGAUGAGACGGAGACGGAGAUGAAGCGCGAGGAGGAGAAGGAGGCUUCGAUUGUGGAUAAAAAUGGUUCUUUUAGGGAGGAAAGCAACUGUUUUUCUGAUCUCAAGGAGAAUGAGAAGAAGGCGCUUGCUGAGCUCCGUGAGAAGAUUGAGAAUGGCAUUCUUGGAAAGGAGGAGGAGGAGGAGAGGGAUGUGGCUCUUUGGGGAGUGCCGCUUCUACCAAGCAAGGGAUCGGAGAGCACUGAUGUGAUCCUUCUCAAAUUCCUCAGGGCUCGGGAGUUCAAGGUGAAGGAUGCCUAUGAGAUGUUUGAGAAAACGCUUCAAUGGAGGAAAGAGGCGAAAAUUGAUUCGGUGAUCGGCGAGGAAGAGCUCGGUGCUGGAUUGAGUGCGGCGUGCUACAUGGAUGGAGUUGAUCGUGAGGGGCAUCCGGUGUGCUAUAAUGUUUAUGGUGUGUUUGCUGAUGAGGCUCUCUAUCAGAAGGCGUUUGGGACGGAGGAGAAGAGAGGGGAGUUCUUGAGGUGGAGAGUGCAGCUGAUGGAGAAGGGGAUUCAGAAGUUGGAUUUCAAGCCGGGGGGUGUUUCGUCAUUGCUUCAGAUCACUGAUCUGAAGAAUUCCCCCGGGAUUUCGAAGAAGGAGCUGAGGACUGCCAUGAAAAAUGCUGUUCAGUUGCUGCAGGAUAAUUACCCUGAAUUUGUUGCCCGAAAUAUCGUUGUCAAUGUGCCAUUCUGGUAUUAUGCCAUCCACUCUAUUUUAUCUCCCUUCUUAACCCAAAGAACAAAAAGCAAGUUCGUGUUUGCGCGCCCAUCUAAGGUUACCGAAACUCUCCUCAAGUAUAUCCCUGCUGAACAAAUCCCUGUCAGCUAUGGUGGCUUCAAAUGUCAAAAGGAUGCUGAAUUCUCCAUAGAAGAUACUGUCUCAGAGCUCAUCAUCAAAGCUGGGUCAACUGAGAGCAUUGAAAUUCCUACUCCAGAGGCUGGAACAAGAGUGGUAUGGGAUGUGACAGUGCUGGGUUGGGAAGUGAACUAUAAGGAAGAGUUUGUGCCAGAGGAUGAAGGAUCAUACACAAUAAUAGUCCAGAAGAGUAAGAAGAUGGGGCCUCAAGAAGAGCUGGUGCGGAACUGCUUUCGAACAAACGAGCCCGGAAAAGUAGUUAUAACCAUUGAGAACAGCUCUUUCAAGAAGAAGAAGGUGCUUUAUAGGUUCAAGACCAGCAACAACACAUUGUCUUCUUCUUAAAUUCUCUGAGAGGGACUUGUUGUCGUCUGGAAUGCAGUGGUUGUUAUGAUCUCUAUGCUGGUUUUCUUAUAAAUUUCUUUCAUGGUUGUGAGUUGAGAGAUUAGAGAGGGGAUUCUUUUGGGAUUUGGGUUUAUUCAUUGUUUUGUUUCUGGGGUUCUUCUUUUACCUUUUUUUUCCCCCUUCUGGUAACUCCUUAUUGUUGAAAUUUAUUUAAAUGU